UCAAGUAAAUUAGGCAAACAUACUUUAUAGUAGUUUCUAAUAAUCAUAAUAACUUUUCUUUAUAAAUAAGCUUUCCUUCUAUAUCUCCCCCUUCAUACCUCUCAAACUCGUAGCUUUCAGAGCUUCAGACCGCCAUGCUUUCACUCUUCGCCGCUUGCGUUUCUGUGGCGUUUCUUCUUCUAUCCUCGCCGUGUCUUCCCGCCAGAACAACCCCGGCGGCCGUUGACCUUAAACCCGCGAACAACGUUGUGAAUAGGUUCGAUAGAUUGGUUGACGGUAGCAAAGGAAUCAGCGUCCAUGGAAUCUCUGAGCUCAAGAGAUAUUUUCACCAUUUUGGGUACUUGAGCCGAGAAAACACGACGACGAGGAGUACGAGGUUUACGGAUUUGUUCGACAACAGUUUUGAGCAUGCCUUGACGAAGUAUCAAGCUAACCUCGGACUUCGGGUCACCGGAAAGCUCGACAGGGAGACAAUUUCGGCGAUCACUUCGCCGCGGUGCGGCGUCCCCGACGUCGUUUUGCCGAACCCGAACGCCCGGCUGCAUGUGAAGAGAAACUACGCUUUUUUCUCCGACCGUCCCAGGUGGAACCGCGCCGUUCCGAAGACGCUAACGUACGCGUUCUCGCCGGAGAACACCAUCAAGAGUUUGACGGGUAUAGAGAUCAGGACGGCGGUGAAGAAUGCUUUCGGGCACUGGGCUUCGGUGGUUCCGGUGACGUUCUUGGAAACCAGCGACUACGGAUUCGCCGACAUCAAGAUUGGGUUCUACGCCGGCGACCACGGCGACGGGGAGCCGUUCGACGGGGUGCUGGGGGUUUUAGCCCAUGCAUUCUCGCCGGAGAGCGGGCGGUUCCACCUAGACGCGGCGGAGACGUGGGCGGUGGACUUCGAAGCCCAAACGUCGGACGUGGCAGUGGAUUUGGAGUCGGUGGCGACGCAUGAAAUCGGGCAUUUGCUAGGGUUAGCUCACACUUCCGUUCAAGAAGCGAUCAUGUAUCCGAGCUUGAAGCCCAGAGAGAAGAAGGUGGAGCUGAAGCUUGAUGAUAUUAAGGGUAUUCAAGCACUUUAUGGUUCUAACCCAAACUUCAGCUAUAAAGCUUUCGAAGAAUCUGAUAUGUCCUCUAAUGGCGCCUCUGAUUUCAAGAACAGUCCAACCCUUUUGUCCACAUUUCUUUUACCAUUCAUUCUUUGGUUUUCUCUGUAAUUAUACACACUUACACACAUAGAUCAAUAGGUAUUCACCAAUUAAAUGUUAUUA